AUGGCUGUACAAGUACCUCGAGCGACGUCAAGGCGCGACCUGAGUGCCUACGAAGAUAUCGACGAUUUCCAAUUUACGCCACGAACAGCUUGGAAACCACGGAAAGGGCCUCUUGCCAAAGGGCCGCAAAAGGAGAAAAUGGCUGGACGAUAUGGAAAUCGUGUCCGGCAGUCCAGACGAGAGCCCACCCCUGAUGAAACCCAGCUAUUCGAGACUCUACGUGAAGCGACCGCUUCUCCUUCGAAAGACAAUCAACAAUCCGACUCUACACCUUCACCUCCCGUUCCGAGAACCGUAUCGACGGACUCUAGCCCCGCUGCCGACCCUCCUUCCGCACGUCGCUUGUCAAUAAUUUCAGACUCUCCUCUAUACCCCUCAAUACUUCGACAAAGCACGUAUGACGGUCCUGCUGGAAGCACUCCAGAUCGCCAGUUCUCUCGCCAAAGUUCGAUCGAUAAUGCGUCAGAGGUGUCUUGGAACCUAGAGCGGGAUGUUCACGAGGACGAUUUACAGCGGACUAGGCCACGGAAGUACCGUGGUGAACCCCAUGGGCAGAACAUAACAGCUCCCCCCCGACGACCUUCGGGGAUAGCCGGAAUUUCAAUGAUCGAAGAGGAGGAAGAGCCAGAAUCAGAUACCAGGUCUGUGUCUGCUGGAGAGCCUACUCCAGAAGCUACGCCUGAACCUGAGCCUAGCGCCGGCUCAGGUCCUCGACCAAUGCCUGAAUCACCCCCCACAUCAUGGACCGCACCUGUGCGCACGAUAAUUCCACAGUGGUUUCGUUCGGAGCGCACCAAAAAACCCACGAAGACGAGCCCAAGCCCCCCCGGGAAAUCUUGGAGCCCCAUGUGGAUCCUGGCUGGCUUGGUGCUACUAUUGUCGUUGGCUUUUACUCUCUUAUCACCGGCUGGUCUGGUGCAGAAAUUUGAUAUCCCAUGGCCUUUUGGUCACAUUCCGUUCGAAUACACGCCCAACAUGACUGACUCAUCUGCAUUUGUGAGCUUAGAAAGCCAACUCUCCAGUAUGAAUGCUGAAUUGUCGUCUUUGUCCAACGAGCUAGUGGCCAUCCGAUCACAGAAACCGCCAGAGUCAAUACCGACAGAAUACCCCGUGGACCCAGGCCUACCAGGCAAACAAAUCCACAGAAUCAACUUUUUAUCUCCAACCUGGGGAGCAGCUAUUGACCCAUACAAUACUGCCCGGACGGCCGGUAGCAAAUACAGUCGCCUCCAACGUUUUCUGACGAAUGUGGCUGGCAUCAGGCCCGCUUUCCACGGCCCCUACCCUCCUAUACAGGCUCUUCUACCUUGGAAGGAGCCAGAGGAAUGCUGGUGCCACGAUGAUACUUUCUCUCAGAUCUCCAUCGUUCUCGGCCACGAUAUUGUCCCAGAAGAGGUUGUGGUUGAACACAUCCCAGAAGGAGAAACCUUGAACCCGGGGUUUGCGCCACGGGACAUUGAAUUGUGGGCCCACUACCAGAUCGUGCCUGUUGUAGAGCCCGUCGAAGAGCCCGAAGUCGCUUCCUCUUGGUUCUCUAUGUUCGGAGGAUCGGCGGGGAACAAGGCACCUGCCGAGGCUGAUUUACCUUCCAAGGCACAACCGAAGGCUGACUCCCGUACUAGGAAGGAUCUUCACGACAUCCUGAUGAGCUCCUUGCGUAUCUCCAGCGAGUCCGAGCCAGAAGGUUCCUAUUCGGAUGACCCGGCUCUUGGGCCCAGUUUCUACCGCAUUGCCACAAUGAGAUACGACAUUCAUGCCUACGACCACAUUCAGCGAUUCCCUGUGAACACUGUCAUCGACAUUCCAGGAAUCCGGGUGGACCACGUUGUCUUCCGCGUAAAAUCGAAUUGGGGGGCGGAGCAAACGUGUAUAUACCGACUAAAACUACACGGGCGAGUUUGA